AUUAAGAAAAAAAAUAAUGUCAAAGAAUUUGUGCCAAACUAACAAUCAAAAUUUUUUGUCCUAAAAAUUCUUAUGUGUAGAAUAUGGGAAAUCAAGGUGGUAAAAGUAAUGACUUUAUAUGGGGAGCUCCUGAUUUGGCAGCAGAUGCCGGGUUACUCAAUUUUGGAAAUAGGUCCAGACAUAAAAGCUUUGAGCCAGGGAUAAAAAAAGGGAAGACCCCCAGAAAACAAAGAACCACAAAAAAUGCUUCAAGCAGAAUAGCAAAACCAUUCACGACAAAGAAAUUAAAGGGGUUACUCGGAAACCAAAUACCCGUAAUAGUAGCAUUGUUGACUGAUACCAACUGUCGGGUGAGUUUUGAUAACAAGCCCGUAGCACAUUGUCAAUCUGACCAUACCAACAAGCCAUUUCCUUGCGACCCGGCCUGCCGGAGAGUAAAAUCAUAUCCUUGCGCGACAUAUUGUCCAGAGUGCGAUAAAAAAACAUCGGCUAAGAUCCCUACCAUACACUUGACGUCAAAACAUGUGUAAUUUUAUAAAUAUUUUGUAUGGUGAAUAUUGUUUUGUGAACUCAGUAACAAAUAAAAUGUUUUUGUUGUACUUGACGUUUGUUAUUGGGUAAACGUGGUCAUGCAGUGGCAACACCGCAGUGGCGCGCCUUCAUGCGAGCUGAAUUCGCUCCGCCGUGUGUCACUGGAAAUCAAAGUUUAUAUGUUUUUUCUCGAAUUAUCGCACUAAAUCCAUUUCUAAUCUUCGAGUGAUAUUAUUGUGAUUAUGUGCCGUUAUCUUAUGAGUGCCGAAGGUGUACGAUAAGGGUGUUGUUGCAUGGUGGGGGUAAGGAGAAGGUGCCAGAAUGGGAGACAGUUUCUUGCACCUGGGGGACAUUGUCUCCCUGCACGCGGAGGGCACUGUAUCAGGAUUCCUCAGUACCUUAGGGUUGGUAGAUGACAGGUGUGUGGUGUGCCCGGAGGCGGGCGACCUGACUGAUCCACCCAAAAAGUUCCGGGAUUGCCUGUUCAAAAUAUGUCCUAUGAACCGCUACUCCGCUCAAAAGCAGUUCUGGAAUACGGCCAAGCAGUCCGCCAAUUCGAACACCGAUACAGGACUGCUAAAGAGGUUACACCAUGCCGCUGAAAUAGAAAAGAAGCAGAAUGAGUUGGAGAACAAGAAGUUGUUGGGGACAGUCGUGCAGUACGGCAGCGUCAUUCAGCUGCUGCACGUCAAGUCCAACAAGUAUCUUACUGUUAACAAAAGACUACCAGCGUUGCUGGAGAAGAACGCCAUGCGCGUCCACCUGGACGCCAACGGCAACGAGGGCUCAUGGUUCUACGUCAUGCCCUUCUACAAACUGAGAUCCACAGGUGACAAUGUGGUAGUAGGUGACAAAGUAAUAAUGAACCCCGUGAAUGCGGGUCAACAAGUCCUACACGUGUCUUCUAACCAUGAACUGCCUGACAAUAUUGGCUGCAUGGAGGUUAACGUGGUCAACUCGUCAACAUCAUGGAAGGUGACCCUCUUCCUCGAACACAAGGAGAAUCAAGAGGAGAUCCUGAAGGGUGGGGACGUGGUGAGGCUGUUCCACGCCGAGCAAGAGAAGUUCCUCACCAUGGACGAGUUCCAGAAGCGACAGCAUGUGUUCCUCAGGACCACUGGGAGGUCUAGCGCGACGGCUGCGACUAGUAGCAAGGCGUUGUGGGAGAUCGAGGUAGUCCAGCACGACCCGUGUCGCGGCGGCGCGGGCCACUGGAACUCCAUCUUCCGGUUCAAGCACCUCGCCACAGGACACUACCUGGCCGCAGAGGCGUGUAAUAGGCCGCCCGACGCGCCGCUGGAGGCGGGCGAGCCGGCCUACCAGCUGGUGUCGGUCCCGCACUCGUCAGAGAUCGCGACGCUGUUCGAGCUGGACCCCACCACCAUGACGCACUCGGACGCGCCCGUGCCUCAGAGCAGCUACGUCAGGCUCCAGCAUUUAUGCACGCACACGUGGGUGCACUCCACCUCUAUACCCAUAGACAAGGAUGAGGAGAAACCUGUCAUGUCAAAGGUGGGUUGUUCCCUAAUAAAAGAAGACAAAGAAGCGUUCGCAUUAAUAUCAGUAUCACCGAGUGAAGUGCGAGACUUGGACUUCGCGAACGACGCCUGUAAAGUGCUAUCGGCCUUGUCGACCAAGCUGCAACACGGGAAUAUAGAGCAUAAUGAAAGGAAGGCUCUAACCUGCCUCCUGCAAGACAUAGUGUACUUCAUAGCCGGCUUCGAGAACGAGCCCAACAAGUCGGAAGCCCUGGAGCUGGUGGUGGAGAACCCCAACCGCGACCGACAGAAGCUGCUGCGGGAGCAGUACAUCCUCAGGCAGCUGUUCAAGAUAUUACAGGGUCCCUUCCAAGAGACAGCUGAUGGUGAACCGUUCUUGAAGAUCGAGGAGUUGUACGACCCUCGGUACGCCGCCUAUAAGUACAUCUUCCGCCUCUGCUACAGGAUCCUGAGGCUCAGCCAACAAGACUACAGGAAGAACCAGGAGUACAUAGCCAAGCACUUCGGCUUCAUGCAGAAACAGAUCGGCUACGACAUCCUCGCGGAGGACACGAUCACCGCCCUGCUGCACAACAACAGGAAGCUUUUGGAGAAGCACAUCACUGCCUCCGAGAUCGAGACCUUUGUCGGUCUAGUCCGUAAGAACAUGAAGACCUGGCAGUCCCGUUUCCUGGACUACCUGAGCGACCUGUGUAUCUCCAACAAGAAGGCUAUUGCUGUGACGCAGGAGCUCAUCUGCAAGAGCGUGCUCUGUGCUAACAACUCCGAUAUACUUAUUGAGACCAGAUUGGUCUCAACAAAAUACGAAAAAAGCAAGACAUUAGACCCGGACGAUACUAAAUAUACUGUGGAGGAGGAAGUUAUGCUGCUAUGGAAUAACAAGAAGUGUUCCCGCCUCCUGUCCGAGCUGGCGGCUGAGGCCCGGGUGGACCCUGGCUGCCAGUCAGCCGCCAUCCUGGACUACUACCGGCACCAGCUGGACCUGUUCUCCAACAUGUGCCUCAACAGGCAGUACUUGGCCCUCAACACGCUGUCUCCGCAGCUGCAUAUACAUCUUAUACUCAAAUGCAUGUCGAACGCGUCCCUGUCGUACGAGGUCCGCGCGUCGUUCUGCCGCCUGAUGCUGCACGUGCACGCGGACCGCGACCCGCAGGAGCCCGUCACGCCCGUCAAGUACGCGCGCCUCUGGACCGAGGUCUGCGACAGGAUACACAUACACGAUUAUCAAUGUGUGAAAGGCGGUCCAGACGCGACUAGAGAGAAGGUCAAAGAGCAGUUCGCUUCCACAAUCCGCUUCGUGGAGAACUACCUGUGCAACGUGGUCACCAAGACCUGGUACUUCAGCGACCACGACCAGAACAAGCUGACCUUCGAGGUCGUCAAGCUGGCUAGGGAGCUUAUUUACUUUGGGUUUUAUAGCUUUAGCGAUCUCCUCCGCCUUACUAAGACACUGCUCAGCAUCCUGGACUGCGUCACAGCUAUGGACCUGCUCAACGAGACCAACGCCCUCUCUGGAGAGGUCGAAUCGGAAGGCGGUGUAUUGCGGAGUAUUGGUGACAUGGGCGCCGUCAUGACAUCUAUUACACUAGGAUCCGUCGCGAGAAAUUCGGGCGGCGGGUCGGCGGGCGGCGCGGGCGCGGCGGGCGGCGGCCUGCAGCGGAGCGCGUCGGCGCUGCUGCUGGCGCGGGAGCAUCCGCUCGUCAUGGACACCAAGCUCAAGAUCAUCGAGAUCCUGCAGUUCAUCCUGGACGUGCGACUGGACUACCGCAUCAGCUGUCUGCUGUCCAUCUUCAAGAAGGAGUUCGAGCAGGCGGGCGAGCGCUCGGCAGACACCAUCGGCCGCGCUGACGUGGAGGCCAUAGGGCUGCAGGCUGAGGGGAUCUUCAGCUGUCGAGCGAUUCAAACUGUGCCUGACAGCUGUCUGCCAAAAAAUGUAGAUUUGGACGGGCUGGACCUGGACGAGUGCGGGGGCCGCAUGGUCCUGCGCGUGCUGCUGCAGCUGUGCUCGCAGGGCGCGUCGGCCGCGCUCGUGUCCGGGGCCCUCGCGCUGCUGUUCCGACACUUCAGCCAGCGGCAGGAGGUGCUGGCGGCGUUUAAACAGGUCCAACUGCUAGUGUCGGACGCUGAUGUGGAGUCCUACAAGCAGAUCAAGGCGGACCUGGACCUCCUCCGGCAGAGCGUGGAGAAGUCCGAGCUGUGGGUCUUCAACAAGGGACGAGCUGUUCUUAUUGAUGAACAUAUCAGUUUAACAGGGACAGUGGGACCGGGCGGCUCCGUUCUAGAAAGAAAUGCGUCGCUCGACAAUGUUCUAGAUACUUCUAGAACGGCCAAACACGACCACAACGAAUACAAGAAGAUCAAAGAAAUCCUGGGUCGUAUGAUCCGCUACUGCACGCACGGCAACAGCGGCUCGGGCGACAGCGGGCGUCCGCGACGACACGAGCAGCGCCUGCUCAGGAACAUCGGAGUGCAUAACAUAGUGCUGGACUUGCUACAGGUGCCUCACGAUGAAGACGACAUGGCUAUGGACGAGCUGCUUGCGCUUGCGCACGAGUUCCUCCAGCACUUCUGCCACGGCAACCAGCAGAACCAGGCCAUCCUGCACAAACACCUGGAUCUGUUCCUUAACGCUGGAAUACGCGAAGCCCAAACAGUGUGCGCGAUCUUCAAGGACAACGCUGCACUGUGCAGUCACGAGGGCAACGAGAAGGUGGUCGCGCACUUCGUGCACUGCAUCGAGUCGCGCGGCCGCCGGCCCGAGUACCUGCACUUCCUGCAGACCAUCGUGCACGCCGACACGCAGUACAUCCGCCGCAGCCAGGACCUGGUCAUGCAGGAGAUGGUGAACGCCGGCGAGGACGUCCUGGUGUUCUACAACGACAAAGUGUCGUUCAACUAUUUCAUACAGAUGAUGAGACAGUUCAGACAGACGAGCGACAUGCCCGAAGCACUCAGAUACCACAUCCAGCUAGUAAAACUGCUGACUUGCUGCACUAUGGGCAAGAAUGUGUACACGGAGAUCAAGUGCCACUCGCUGCUGCCGCUGGAUGACAUCGUGUCUAUGAUCACGCACACAGACUGCAUACCAGAGGUGAAAGAAGCAUACGUAGGCUUCCUGAACCACUGCUACAUAGACACGGAGGUUGAGAUGAAGGAGAUCUACUCCAGCAACUACAUGUGGGACCUGUUCGAGAGGUCCUUCCUGCACGACAUGCAAGCCAUUAUGCAUGGGGACUCGCCGAACCAGCCUGCACCAGGUCCGUCGAGCGAGUCCCCGUCGCGCAAGCUGCCGCUGGGCACGCAGAAGGCGUGGGUGAACUACGUGACGGACGUGCUCAUGCACACCAUCUGCACCUUCUUCAACUCGCCCUUCAGUGACCAGAGCACCACGGUUCAGACUCGUCAGUCGAUAUUCGUGAAGCUCCUUCAGACGACGUUCAGCAUCUACCAAUGUCCGUGGCUGACGCCGCCGCAGAAACUCAACGUCGAGAAGUGUAUCAGGACGCUUAGCGAAGUCGCAAAGUCACGAAGUAUCGCAAUACCUCUGGAGUUGGAAGCGAAGAUCCAGACAGUGUUUGAGAAGGCGGCUGCCCUGUCGCGGCAGACCAGCAAGUGGCUGCUGGCUUCCAAGACCUCCAAACUUGAGAAGAUGGCUUCACAGGCAAACUUCCAAAACGACAGAUCCGUGAUGGAGGGCCUGCAGGAGAUCGUGGCCCUGCUGGAGGAGCAGCUGCGGCCGCUGCUGCAGGCCGAGCAGUCGCUGCUGGUGGACAUCCUGUACAAGCCGCACCUGCUGUUCACCAGCCCCGGGGAACUGUCGCACUCCGACACCAGUGGCAUCUUCAUCUCACGGCUGAUCCGUCACACGGAGAAGCUUCUAGAAGAGAAAGAAGAGAAGCUGUGCGUCAAGGUGUUACGGACUCUUCGAGAGAUGAUGGCUGUCGACCCCGAGUACGGGGAAAAGGGCAACCAGCUCCGCAACAAGCUGUUAUCUCAAUACUUCAUCAACCGGAAAUCGGAGCCGAAGAUCUUGCCGCCGCCCUCCUCCGUCGCCGUCACGCACGGCCCUGGCGCAAAGGUCCUGCUGCGGACUGGACAGACCCUGGCCCAAGUCCAGGCUCACCUGGACAAGGAGGGGGCUUCCGACCUGGUUGUAGACCUGGUCAUCAAGAGCACCAACCGACAGGCCAUCUUCUUGGAGGCGAUACAACUUGGUAUCGCUCUACUGGAAGGCGGCAACCCAAUAAUACAACACAGCAUAUUCACAAAACUGCAAAACGGUGAAAUAUCUCAAGCAUUUUUAAAGGUAUUUUACGACAAAAUGCGCGAGGCUCAGCAGGAGAUCAGGUCGCUGGCGGCGAGCAGCACGGCGGCCGCCAGCAGCGACAAGCAACGCUCCAGCUAUUCCGACAAGCAGAAGGUGCCUGCCACCGAAGGUAACAAAACAUCUCCCGGUGUGCUGGUCGUAGGCGAGGAGAUGGAUGACGAGGUGAACAGCGCGUGCGGCUCAGCGGUACACGCGUACUCCGAUAUACACACCAUGUCACACGGUACUUCUGCUCUAGAAGAGAUAAUGGCUGAGAAGAAGGAGGGUGGCAACUCUGACGUGCUGCCGCCCAAGGUGGCCAUCAUGAAGCCCAUACUCCGCUUCCUGCAGCUGCUCUGCGAGAACCACAACCCUGACCUGCAGAACCUCCUGCGCAACCAAAACAACAAAUCGAACUACAACCUGGUAUCCGAGACCCUGAUGUUCCUGGACUGCAUCUGCGGGUCCACGACUGGCGGGCUCGGUCUGCUGGGCCUGUACAUCAACGAGGGUAACGUGGCCCUCAUCAACCAGACCCUGGAAACUCUCACGGAGUACUGCCAGGGACCCUGCCACGACAACCAAAACUGCAUAGCAACACACGAGAGCAACGGAUUAGAUAUAAUAACGGCGUUGAUACUCAACGACAUCAACCCGCUCGGCAAGACACGUAUGGACCUGGUACUGGAACUGAAGAACAACGCCUCGAAGCUGCUGCUGGCCAUCAUGGAGUCCAGGAACGACUCCGAGAAUAACGCCGAGAGGAUCCUGUACAACAUGAAUCCUAAACAGCUGGUAGAUGUCGCGUGUUCCGCCUUCCACCAGGAGCACGCCAUGGACGCCGACUGCGACGGCGACGACGACGCGCUCGUGCAGGGCGUGUCGCCCAAGGAGGUGGGGCACAACAUCUACAUCCUGUGCCACCAGCUGGCGGCGCACAACAAGGAGCUGGCGGCGCUGGUGCGGGGCUCGCCGCACGGCAACAACGCGGACGCGCUGCGCUACUACCGUACUCACACCGCGCAGAUCGAGAUCGUCCGUACGGAUCGCAGCAUGGAACAGAUCGUGUUCCCGAUCCCGGAGAUCUGCGAGUACCUGCCGGCGGACAGUAAGCACCGCGUGCUGCAGAGUGCCGAGCGCGACGACCAGGGCAGCAAGGUCGCCGACUUCUUCUCCAGACUUGAUAAUCUCUUCCACGAGAUGAAGUGGCAGAAGAAAUUAAGAGGACAACGUCUUCUGUUCUGGGUGUCGUCCUACAUGUCUCUGUGGAGCAACAUUCUAUUCAACUUCGCUGUUCUAAUCAACGUCAUAGUGGCCUUCUUUUAUCCCUUCCAAGACGAGAAUCCAACGGGUGGUCCGCUGGGUUGGGCAGAGCUGGGCGAGCACCUGUCGCUGGUGGUGUGGUGCGUGUCGGGCGUGGCGGGCGCGCUGGUGACCUGGCUGCCGCGCGGCGGCGGCGCCCGCGCGCUGCUCGCCUCCGCCGCCGUGCGCUUCAUGUACUCCGCCGGACCUGAACCCACGCUCUGGGCCCUGGCUAUGCUCACUAUAGUGGUGAAAGGCAUCCACCUGGUGAGCAUCAUGGGCAACCAGGGCACGCUGUCCAAGUCCCCGGGGAAGGUGCUCACCGACCCCGAGCUGCUCUACCACAGCGUGUACCUCGUCUUCUGCUUCAUGGGGAUCUGCUGGCAUCCGUUCUUCUUUUCUGUUCUGCUCUUAGACAUAGUGUACCGCGAAGAGACUCUCUUAAACGUAAUGCGAUCAGUGACACGCAACGGCCGGUCCAUCUUACUGACGGCGGUGCUGGCGCUGGUGCUGGUCUACAUGUUCUCCAUCGUAGGCUACAUGUUCUUCCGAGACCACUUCCUCGUCAGCGUCGACAGGCUCGAUGACGACGACGACCCCCGCUUCGAGCCGGACGGGUGCUCUGAAGGCGGGUCGAAGUACCUGCAGGACCCGGGCUCCUGCCGCCGCGGCUCGCGCUUCGUGUCCGUGGGCGGCGAGUUGCGCGAGCGCAGCUGCGACUCGCUCAUCAUGUGCAUCGUGACCACGCUCAACCAGGGCCUGCGGAACGGCGGCGGCAUUGGUGAUAUACUGAGGGCGCCAGCUAGCUUUGAGCCGCUGUUCGUCGCCCGCGUGGUGUACGACCUGCUGUUCUUCUUCGUCGUCAUCAUCAUCGUGCUUAACCUCAUCUUCGGUGUCAUCAUCGACACCUUCGCUGAUCUCAGGAGCGAGAAGCAACAGAAAGAACUAAUAUUAAAGAACACAUGUUUUAUAUGUGGGUUGAACAGGUCAGCCUUUGACAACAAGACAGUCUCUUUCGAGGAGCACAUAAAGAGCGAGCACAACAUGUGGCACUACCUCUACUUCAUGGUGCUGGUGCGGGUCAAGGACCCCACAGAGUUCACCGGCCCCGAGAGCUACGUGCACUCCAUGAUCAAGUCUAACAACCUGGACUGGUUCCCGCGGCUGCGCGCCCUGUCGCUGAUGGGCGGCGGCGAGGGCGAGGGCGGCGAGCUGGAGCUGCGGGCGCUGCAGGCGCAGCUGGACCGCGCGCAGCGGGCCGUCCACACGCUCACAGACCUGCUCACCGAGCUCAGGGACCAGAUGACUGAACAACGGAAGCAGAAGCAACGUAUCGGCUUACUGAACUCCACCUCGGCGUACUUGCAGAACUUGCAAAUGAACUUGCCGCCGUGAGCCGCACGCCGCACACACAUGCACGCGUUCACCCGCCUUUCUAAUGUAUGUAUGUCACAUAUUAACAGCCCUGAGGAAAAUAAAUGACCAUCAGGCUAUCUCCGACAAUCUGUAGAAAGUAGUACACAUGAACAUGUAACUAUAGUACGCUUACUACGGUUAUCAAAAAUGUUGUUACUUUUCUUGUGAUAAUGAAAGAGUGACGAAACAGACUUAUAGAGUAGUCGUAAAAAGUCAGUUUUGAAAAACGCCUUUAGCCACAAUUUAUUUGUAUAUUUAGAUGUCAUAAAUUCGUUUUUUUUUGUAAAUCAAAUUCUACACAUAUUAUUUGUUACCAUAUAAAAAAUGUUAAAGAUUAAAAAAGUUUUAAGAGAUCAAACAUACAUACGUUAGUUUAUCAUAGAUAUAUUUACAUCUUAGCAUUAAGUGAAUCGCGUGUUUAACAAAUGUACACCUGCAGGUGACUCAGCAGCGCACAAAAAAUAUUUACAAAUUAUCUUAGAUUUCCAUUGACAUACUCUGACGUCGAAAACUCGAACACACGGUGACGCUUUGAGCAGACGAGCAUUUUUGUGACUUGUUACUGACCAGACGAGCAUAAAAACGCACGUUAUUUAAAAGGAAACGUAUGUAUUUGUUAGUAAAUAAAGCGACUUAGUAGAAAAAAAUAAAUUCAUUAAAAAAUAUUUGCUUAAUAAUUUUUAUCAAUAAAUAAUGCAGUAGAGACAGUUAUUUUAUCAAAAUGCUCGAAUGCUCAGCGAGCCAUGUAUGAAAAAAAGAAAUAAAAAUUACAAAUACGUAAUUAAGUUUUCAUAUUUGAAAAGUGACGCCAAAAGUGUGACUUUAGUGAACAUUAGAUCAAACAUAUCUUGUUAAUACUUGCUAGGUAGACUAUUAGGUUAGAUGAUUUUAAAAUGGAUGCACUGAUACUUAUACUUAUAGCGUUAUACCCACUGUUGGGCAAUGAUCAAGAAAUUACAUCAAUGGAAGAUAGAUACUUUAGUUACAUUUUAUGCCAAUUAAAAAUAAUAUAUUUGCCGUAUCCAAAGUUAUGCCAUGUGGGCAAAUUUAAAUUCUGCAAAAAAAAAUCGUUACUGAAUAAGUGACAUUUUGAAGCCGUUUAAACGUUGAACUUGGUUUAAGUAUGGUAUCAGUGCAUCAGUAACUACUGUUAUAUAGAUGUUUAACUUAUGACCUUUAUGAAUCGACGUCGAAAGUCAGUUUUGACCCUUUAAUGUGUCCAAAAUUCUAAAUCAGUGGUCUGCUUAAGAAUAACUAUCUUUUAAAUAUAAAAUAUGGUGUUAUUAUUCCAUAUGUUGACUCAAGCAACGUUGGACUGCGACAGCAGAAGUGUUUUUAUUAAUUCAAAUAAAUAAAUAUGAUCUGUUAAAAAAACAUUUUGCCAAAAUUUGUUCAUUAAUAAGCUACCACUGAUCAUUGAAGCAAAGAAAAGAAUUUAUUCUAUGGAAUUUAUUUAUAUUAUGAACUGAACAAAUUUCGUUUUGUUCAUACUUAGUCUAGAAUAAGGGGGAGAUGUUAGAUGUUUUGUGAUAUUUUAUGAGUUAAAACAGUUACUUUUAAUCUCUCUUCUCUCUUUCUAUCUUACUUUGACUCUCUCUAACAUAAUCUCGAUAUAUUUUCCUAGAAAUAUAGUUUAAUUUUCCGCGCGUCGCGCCCCCAGAAGUAGUGAGUUUCUUUCGCAAAUGAAUCUAUUUUUUUAAACAUUUUUUAACUUAAUUGCAUUUAAAUAAAAUAAGAUCUGAUUACAUUACAAAAAAUAUUAUUAUUUUUGUUAAACUUUAUUGUAAAAAAAAGUACCUAUUCUCUAGCCAAAUUGCAGAAGUAAUUUGCGUAAUGAGAAGCCAUUCCUUACCUAUUUAAUAAUUUGUUAUACAUAUAUAUAUUUUCAUAUUAUUUGUCUGUCCGUUUGUCUCCCCCGCGUUAGUUUCGACGUGCAAUACACAGCUCAAAUCAGUUACCUAUACUGUAGUUAGUAAUCAAAUUAUAUUUGUAUAGUCUGUUCAAUUCAAUUGUUUUUAGAGUAUGGCAACACCAAGGAUCCGUAGAUUUAUUUAUAAGGCAAUAUUGUGUUACUACUGCACAUGUCGCUGCAAGCGAGAGCGUAAGUAAUUAAUGAUAUUCAAAUUUAUUUAAAAAGAAGUUUAAUUAUUUAGAAAUUUAUUGCCACUUCAAAAUAUGUUGUCUGAAAAAACAAUUGAAUUGAACACCAAAGCUUGAUAAAGAUCUGAUGACGAUCUGUGAAAGGGGUCUAUCGCCACGUUUUUAAGUAGCAUUAUUGCGAGUGGAAGAGAGAUGCCACUACAUUGUGUAUAGCUCUGUCAGGCUUCCACACUCAUUACUUUAAGACGUGGUGAUGUUGGUCCUGGUCGUGGCUGGUUGUUUCGUUGUAUUUACUGUUAGUCAUAGGCAAACGUUUGUUACAUCAUUAUUUCUAGUUAUAAGUCUUCAAAAAUCUAGAUUAAGUUAAAGCGUAUAGCUAAAUACUGAUGUCGGAUAACAUAUUAAAACAUGCGAAUGAUUUUAAAUGUAAUUUCAAUUUUGGUCCAUAUAUACCGUCUCCUAUAACUGAUGACUUAGUCUCCAAUUUUAAUCUCUAUGGCUUUGUAAGAAGUACUCGAUUGUAGAGCAAAAUCGCGUAGCAACUGAGACUUGCAUUAUUGGACCUACAUUUUCUCAAAAGGGUAUUUUUUUUGGUCUAAGAAUAAAAACAUGAACAAAUCCGAGCAUAUAUCCACAGGGUAAGAUAAGCUUGACUCGACAAUAAAAUUUAAAUCGGUUAACCUGACUGCAAUCCCUGAGAAUAUUUUAAAAGCAAAUGAAUUAAUACAUUUCAAAAAAGCAUGAGUUCUCUUCUGACAACUGAUCAUCUGACAAUUUUAUAUGUUAAGUCAGAAUGUCUUUGGUCGUUUUUGACAAAAGUUAAAGAAGUGAUUCUAAAAAUAUGGAUGUGCUUUAUCGAGUAACGUAAUCGAUUUCAAAAUGCUCAAUUCUGGCCAAACGGUAACGAAUAACAUCAGUAUUAGGCUCCGCGCACAAAUAUUGUAUAGUUUAGUUAAGUAUGGUUGUUUUUAUAAAUGACAAGGUGACGCGUUUCUGUAUACCUAAGUAUAUAACAAUAUAUAGAACUUUUAAACAUAUACCACUGAAGUAAAUUCAAAUAAAAAGAUGAAGAAAAAAUCAUGUCAAAACAUAAGAAAAACAAAAUUAAAUUUUGAUUCAAGAUCACGUGUGGAAAAAAGAUAAGAGAUAGCAAAUUCGUAGUGCCCUCUCACUCACUCUAUUGUGUAAAAAACUUCUUGAUUAAGUAUAAAAUUGUGAAAAGUAUUAGAAACAAAUCGAAUUUCUUAUAUUAUUCCUUUUGGAACUAUUUCUAAGUUUAAUUACUUAAAUCUAAAUUUAUAGAAAAAUAUAAAAAUAUUUUAUUGGUGUACUUGUUAAGUUUACGACGAUUAUGUUAAAAUUUAACUGUUAGAGUUUGCUUUUGUUUAUACAAGUAUCAAGUAUAGAUGUAUAUAGUUAACCCUUUGACCGUCACGUCAUAAUAGCAAGAGAUUUUAUCCUCUAUAGAGCAUUUGACUAAAGAAAUCAAAUUAAUGCCUCAGAUUGAUUUCCAAAAUUAUAUUAAGGUAUUUUUUCUAACAUAAUAAAGAAACAGUUUGUUAAAAGCUGAUGUGACGUCACUUACCAGUAUACUUAUCCUGGCAAGUGACUUCACUCGUCACAUACUCUUUAUCUUCGUAUUAUUCUUGAUUAUAUGCAAUUAAAAAAACACAUCAAAUAUUUUUUGAAAUGAAUUUGAUUUUUAUCAUAAAUUUGUAAGUCUCCAUAAUCAUGGCCGUGGCGUCAGAUGGUUAACCAUCGUCAUUUUGUAACCAAUAUUUAUAUUUUCCUUUUGAUAUUGUUAAAAUAUUAAUCUUUUACAUUCAAUAUACCGUGCCAUGUACGUAGCAGAUAAAACAAAAUGUAUUUCCGUAGGUCAUCUAUAGAUACAUUUUCAAAUCAACUAAAAUUUCUUGUAUAUAAAAGUUUUCAAUGCAAAUAUUCUACAAGUACUAAAACGCUUUUUCAAUUAUAAAGGGUUAUUUAAUAACUUCUAUAUUGCCUUCGUUAUCUUAAAUGUACUUAAAAAUUUCGUUUGUUAUAAUAAACUUUAAUAAUAUACUAACAUUCCUAAUUUCGAUAAAAUGCUUUAAUUUUUCUACUUACAUGAUAUAUAGACCGCAGUGAUAGGUUUGUUCAACAAAACUAAUUUUAAUAUCAGUAGUUAAAUUUAAACUAAAGAAUUUCUUAAAGUUUUAAAAAUACUUUAGUAGUUAUAAAUCUCGUUUACCGUGUUCAGAAAGCCAAUAUUCUAUCUUAUAAAAUGUUAAAUGAGUGACAUAUUUAAUAGUAUACUAUUCGAUUUAGCAAUAAGUGUAAUUGAAACAAAUUUAAAGAGUAGUUCAAAAUCAAUAUAUGUAGCAAAGAGUGCCCUGUGCGUUUAUUAUUAACCUCUUAAAGCAGGAUUGUUUCCGUUGAAAAAGCGAGACAAUAUUACAAUCACGGUAGCACGCCGUCUUGCUCCCACAACGGCUACAGUUUUACUUAAAAAGGUAAUAUUCCAGGCACUGGACAUAAAGCGAUAGUUUCACCGAUAUAGCUCUACCUGUACCUAUACAGCUCUAUCACUCUCAUACAAAAAUUAUAGUGAGAAUAGUCCCAUUUACAGGUAAAAUAUAUUAGGCGUGGCUUAGAACACGCUUAGCGUCGUAUGAAAUAAAACUCUACAUUCUCUCAUGAUUGCUUAUCACUGACUAAGAAAUAAAUCUAUCCUAAACCUUCUAAACUCGAGAUAAGUAAAUGCUGAGACUUAUUCCUGUCUGUUUCAAUUCAGUUUCACAUUUGAGCGAAAGGGACAGACAUAGUGCAAGUAUGAACAUUUACUUAUGUCGACCUAUAGCUCUUCAAUGAUCUUACAAUUCAAGCAAUAUGUUUCACAUUUCAUUACCCAUUGCUCGUUUCAAAAGCUUAAGAAUGAAUAUACAUAUUUCAAACCGGCAAUGGAUAGUCAAAUGCCAAAACAAUCUGAUAUUCAUAUUAGUUUUUGGUAAACCUUCUGACCAAUUCGUAGUUUGAAGUCUAUAAGAUGUAUAUUUUUAAAUUGUCUAUUACAAAAUGUUUUUUAUAUACUGUUUAUGCACAUACUACAUUCCGAGUGUAUUUUUUAUAUUAUUUAUUCUAUACCUAUUCCAUUGGAUCUAGAUAUAUAUUUUUGUCUUCAUGCAGAGCGGGGAAACAGUAGAGUUUAUAUAAAAUUAAUAUUAUAGAAGUUACCAUGGGACUUGAAAGAUAUUUUCAUUUUUCUGUCAGUAGCGUAGUUUAUCUAGUUUUUUUAGUAUAACUCUACUGUUUUGCCCGCUCUGUGACUUUGUUUUUCUAUAAGAGUAUAGUUAAGGUUCAUAUAUUGCGUACUAAUGUAGUAAUGAUCGAGUCGGUUCGUUGUGAUGCCCGCAAUAACGUGUUUAUUUUGUUUUUAUGAGAAAUAAAGUUAUGGCACAAAGUUA